UGUGUGUGUAGGGUUCGCAGCGAUGACGAAUUGGAAUAUCGAAACGAUUUUUCUUGACCAAACUCGGCUCCGACCCACAUAAGUCGUAUCUAUUGUACACGUCCAUAUGCCUACCACCGCUCACUCGGCGGUAACAGCAGGUUACUCGUGUGUGUGUGUGUGAGAGAGCUGUGCAAGUAAUAUCAUAAUAAAUUCGCCCAAACGGUGACUGCGAUGGCCGUCGUCGUGUCGGCGCGUGUCUCGUUGCGGUGCGCGGCACACAUAUUACAUUGCACAAGGCAACCGCGACGCCACCGUCGGCGUCGGCGUCGGCGGCGGCUGCCGAUUUUACCCUGGGAGCACGACGGCGGCGCGGUGGCCGUAGUAGACGUGAGUAUCGCGACCGGCCGGAGGGACGUCUCCCAGCCGUUUACACAUCGUUCGUGCUCUCCGCGGCCACCGCGUACCGUUUACGUUGGACCCGUGUUUCGUGCGCUCGUUCCGCCGUGUUUCAGACAUCAACAAGUGUCGUGGUCGUCGUGCGCGCGACCGUCGGCCGUUAAAACGCGACAGGCGAACGUUGAAAUCCAAAAUAAACGACGAAAACCGUGUUAUUGUCGUCGAACGCGGCAAAACAAUAACCGUCGCCGCCGUAAAUAAUACCAAUAUCGUUUAUUCGUCACUUAGUAUGGCCAAAGUUAGAAAAAAGUGACGUAAAUUUUCGAUCAGAUAUAUCAGUUGAAGAGUGAUUGAUAAUUACAUUUAGAGAACUUCAAUACAAAAAUGGAAUCUGAGCCGGUAAUUGUGGUGGAUCAAGAAAAUUGUUUUAAUGAAGAAGAUGAAGAUAUAGAUGAUGUGGCCGGAAAUGGGCAAGGAUGUCCUGAUACUCCUCCACAGGACCCCUUUUUCCUAUCGCCUUUUAGAGACAUGCGGAAACGCUCAUUACCAACACCGCAAUGCACAUCAGGAAUAACUGCCAGUCAAGUGCGAAGGUUGAGCGAUCAGGGAGCGGCCGGUGCGGCUGCCCGAGAAAAGGCAUUCUUGGCCACGUUAACCAAGGCGCCGGGACCCUACACACCAGGUCGCCGGCAUUCGGUUAUCACGAUAUCAAAGGCACCUAUGCCGUUGUUUGGUCGCAACAGACGCGAAUCGAUUGCAGCGUUCCCCAGUAAGGGUCCGAGGGUGAAUCGUAGGGAUUCGGCCGGUGGUGCUACGCCGUCACCCACCGGUAGUCAAUUCAACUUGCAGCUGGACAUAAUGGAUGACAUAGCAGACAUCAAAGCGGCUCGGAAAGUCAGGAUGAAGAUGUGGCAAACUGAGGACAAGGAAAAAAUGUGUGAGCUCCAGUCGAUGGACGGCGAAAACAAACAAAUGUCCAGGUUCAAGGAAGCCAGGAGAUAUUCCAACAUCGACGUGUGCGAAAAAAUCGCUCCGCCCAUACCGGCUCGACGACGCGCGUCCGAGCUGCCUCCCAACAUCACACCAGCUCAAGCGGCCGGAAAACCGUCGACGGGGGCGUCUCAGUCGUCCGGAAUCGUGUGCACCAACACCGACCUGCUGUCGAUCAUGAACUCGCUGAAGUCGUCCGCGUCCAAAGCGUUGCAGUCGACGACCAAAGGCGGUGGCGGCGACCCGCGACAACGCGUCAACAGCAAGACGACCGACAGCCUUCCGGCGGGCGGCGGCGGCGGCGGUGAAGGCGGCGUCGGCGACCGCCGUCGGGACGUGCUCCGGUCCGGUCGAUCCAACAGCGUGGACGUGGCCAACAUAGGCGCGACCGCGGCCAUGGCUGCGGCGGCCGCCGGAAACAGCACCAGGAACUGGUUCAGAAAAAUGUCCACCCGGACGGCGACCGCGGUGACGACGAUCGGCGGCGGCGGCGGCGGACAGCGGACCGACGCCGAGUGCGCGGAACAGCGUCUGGCCACGGCCAGCGAGUACGUCGUGCAAAAGUCGCCGGUGGUCGUGACGUUCGCCGACGAACGGCCAAAGGUGUCGCUGCUGAUCGAACCGGGCAAACUGCAGGAAAAACACUCGUCGGCGCCGCUUUCCCCGCCGCUGCUGCCGCCGCCCCCGCCGCCGCCACCGCCGUCCGCCGCGGACAAGAAGCCCGGCGACGUGGUGGUGUGGGACCGUCCCACCGGUUCGGUGGUGGACGCCGAGGUGCUGGGCACGGCCAUCGAGGGCUUCUUGGCCGCCAAGAAGUCGGGCGACAGCGCGGACGCGUCGCCGACCGCCGCCGACGGCGAGCUCCAUCACGAACACCUGCAGCAGCAGCAGCAGCAGCAGCAGACGUCCGGCAAGCCCGCGGCCGCCGACCCGAACGCGGCCGGCCGCACGUGCGACACGUCCAUCUGUUCGUCGCUCAAAGACCUGUUCGUCAAAUAACUAUAAGACCGCUCGUGUCGGUCUGCCGUGUUGUAAUUAUACCUUAUACAUAAUUACGACAUGUGUCGUUGUAUCGUAGCGUUGACAAUGUGGACUGUAAUCGUAGUGUGCGUGACUUACGCAAAUAUAUAAUAAUUUAAUAAAAUAUAUUCUGCCCGCGGUAAGCGAUCCCUCUCCACCCACGUCCGCCCGCGCGCGGGAAUCCCGCCCCGGGGCCGACUUUCAGCAACAGUUUUAAUUGACAUCGCAUAACCAUUCUCAGAAACGUUUUAUGUAGGUACACUUACCUGUUUUAUAUUUUUAUCCCGACAAAAAUAAUUUAUUUCCGGGUAGUUUAUAGACGACACAACACGCAUAAACGGUACAAAUCUGUGCACGUAAAAGCACACGUACACUUUCGAAUUUUUACAUUCUUAUACAUUUUGAACGUAGAAAAAAAUCAUUAAAUCAGACUAAAAAAUUCGACUGUUCUAUAAGAGAUAAUUUACAUUACAUUUAAAAAAUUUACGAAGUCAUCUUACACGUAUACAUGACAAUAUAGUUGGUAAUAUUAUAAUAUUUAUCGUCGAAUGAUAAUUGUAUCGAUGCGUUUAAAUUCAGUGAUUGUACUUGAUAGAAAUAGGGCUUUUCGGUUCUGUAAUAACAGACGUCUACAGUUGCUUUUAACCCACAUAUAUUGUAUAUUAUGUAAUAUAUUUACAUUUAUGUGCGAUCCUUUGAGUCGCCCGAUGUGAUGUACUGAUGUAUAAUGCAUAAACUAUGAGGUUUGUUGGUGUAUAUGUACGACAAGGUCGAGAUUCAAAACGGGGAAAAUCGUUGAAAUCGAUUCAACAACUAUUUGCGCUCCGAACAUUGUUUUAUGGUCGACGGUAUCGCAUAAUAUCGUAAUAAAAUGUGUUGCACCAUACGGCGUCCGCCUCCAAAACACAGGGUGAUUUACUAUGUAUGCAGGUCAUUCUCGGGUUUUUUUUUCAUUUAAUAAUGAAUUUAUUCAAAAUCUAAAAAAUAAAUCUAAACACACUUAAAGACCGCAUUUUAGAAAAAUACUUGAGAUUUUUGUACAGUAUUUUAGGAGAUGAGUACCUUUUUCUUCAAACGGGAUCCUCUCCUUUUACUGUAAAUUAUUUAGCGGAUAAUUUUUUUUUGAACAUUUUAAUGAAUACUAAAUCCGAUAUUUUAUCCAUUUUAUAUACGUUUGUAAAUCCUUUUUUAGCGAUUUUUAUCCUUAUCGUAAACAUUCUAAAAGCCAAAAGACUACUCGUACGACAAAAUUAAAAAAAAAAAAAAAAAAAAAAAAA